AAAAAAAAAGUAAAUAUCGGAAAUUUUUUUCUAAGUUUUUUUGAUCGUCAAACGAGGAGCGAGUAAAAAUUUAAUUUACUAAUAUUGUAUAAAGCAUUUCUAUUGUGCAUUUAUCAUGGAACGAAAUGUUUGAAAAAUUUCGAUUUGGUUCAUAUAGAAUAGACGAUAGCGAGCUGGCGAAUUCAAAGAAAAAUAAUUUAAAGCUAAAUUCAGUUUUAGUGAAUUGUUUAGAUGGCUCAAAAUUAACUUGUCAAAUUGACAAAAAAGCUAAAGGCUGUGAAUUACUAGAAAAAGUAUUUAAUCAUUUAGAGAUUUCGGAACGUGACUACUUUGGCUUGAAAAUAUGCAAAUCAGAAUAUGAGCGUUGGUUGGAUCCAUCAAAAAAUUUCCGAAAGCUAUGGGUUAAGGAGACGAAAGGACAUGUUGGAUCGCCAACACUCGAAUUUCGAGUAAAAUUCUUUCCCGCAGAUCCAUCAAGACUUCAAGAAUAUACACGAUAUCAAUUCUAUUUGCAAAUUAAACAAGAUAUAUGGCAUGGUCGAUUGCCUGUCUCACUACACACUGCCUGCCUUUUAGCGAGCUUUCAAGUUCAAUCAGAAUUAGGAGAUUUUAAUGCAGAGGAGAAUGUCGAGGGAUAUUUGAGUGAUUUACAAUUACUUGUUGAACAAAAUGAGGAGAAUGAACGUCAAAUAUCGGAGCUUCAUAAGCUGCAUCGGGGUCAAUUACCAGCCGAUGCUGAAUGCAAUUAUCUCGAGCAUGCAAAGCGUCUCGAUCAAUAUGGAAUCGAUUUUCACGAUGCAACAGAUUCAAGUGGAAAGGAAAUUAAACUUGGCGUUAGUUCCAUCGGUCUCUUAGUAUAUUCAAAUGAGUUACGUAUCAAUACAUUCUCAUGGUCAAAAAUGACAAAAGUCUCGUUUAAAAGGAAAGAAUUUUUCAUCCAAUUAAGACGUGAGCCAUCAGAAAGCUAUGAUACCCUUCUUGGCUUCAACAUGGCAUCACAUAAACGUGCAAAAAUCUUAUGGCAAUCAUGUGUCGAACAUCACUCAUUCUUCCGUCUACAAAAACCACACCGUCCUAAUCGCUUUGCCCUCCUUGGAUCUAAAUUCCGAUAUUCUGGUCGAACUGAACUGCAAGCCGUACAGGAAAGCAAAGAUCGAAUUAAAUUAACAAAAACAUUUAUCAGAUCGCCGAGUCGUCGAACUAUUGGAUCGCCGACAUUGAAUGGCUUAUCAGACAGCAAUGGAACAAGUAAUGGAAAGCUUUCAUUCACAAAAAAUCGCUCACAUGAUAACAAGAUAACAGUAACGGAUUCAAAAUCACCGAGAAAAGCUUGGGAUCAGGCAACAGCUGGCGAUAGUGAGAGUAGUGAAAUUAUUGAUCGUUCAGCACGUUUCGAUUCAUCCGUUCCAGCGAUCUUUGACUCACCGCCUGCAUAUGAAACUAGUGAAAUAACACAGAAAUUUCUCGAGGAAGAAGGUCUCGUUGCGAUACGAUUGUAUGCAGACGAGCAAGGUCAUUAUGGAUUUAAUGUGAAGGGCGGCAAAAAUUCGGAUAAGCAUAUUUUUGUAUCGCGCGUUGCUCACAAUACACCCGCAUAUAAUAGUAAAAUCUGCGAAAACGAUCAAGUUAUUAUGAUAAAUGGACGAAAUGUUAGCAAUUUGAAGCAUGAUCAAGUCGUUUCUUUAAUACGCAAUUCACGCGAGACAAAUGAUGGCGAAUUGAAUUUAAUUAUUAAACCGAAUGCCUUAGAAGAUGCCUCAUUAGUUGAGGAGCCAUUAUAUCAAUAUGUCCCAGAAGAUCAGAGUCAAUUUCGUAAUAGUCAACAUAGUUUUUUGACUGGAAGUAGCGAAGCAAAUUUAUUUCCACAAUCACUUUUAUUAUUAAGCGAUGGCAUUGCAAGUGGUGCACUUUUUCAACAAUAUGAGCAAUUGUAUCGUAAGAAUAAUGACUUAGCAAUAACAGAGGCAAGAAAACCUGAUAAUGCAAGCAAAAAUCGGUAUAGAGACAUAUCACCAUACGACUGUACAAGAGUAAUCCUCCUCGGAAACGAAGAUGGAGACUACAUAAAUGCAAAUUACAUUAACAUGGAGAUCCCCAAUGGUAAAAUAAAUCGUUACAUAGCAGCACAAGGGCCAUUAGCAACAACAGUAAAAGACUUUUGGCGGAUGGUGCAACAAGAGAGUAGUCACUUAAUUGUCAUGUUAACAACAGUUAUGGAGCGUGGACGAGUCAAGUGUCAUCAAUAUUGGCCAUCAUGUAAUGAAAUUCUCGAUAUGGGUGACACUUUUACAGUCAAGUGUCUUAACGAGACAGCAGAUUCAACUGGAAGUUUUGUUGAUAGAAAUUUGAUUAUGAUUGAUGGUAAAACUGGUGAAAGUCGGACAAUUCAACAUAUGCAGUAUUUGGCAUGGCCAGAUCAUGGAGUUCCAUCUGAUCCAAAACUCUUUCUCGAUUUUACGGAGAGAGUGCGAUUGGCACGCAACAGAACAUUAUUGCAUGAAAUUGAAGAGACUCUCAAGCAAGUUAGACUUAAAGAUGCUGAUGAGAAUGGUGGACUGGAUGGUGAACGCAAGAACUAUGAAAAUGGAGAAUCUCCUUGUGAUUUACCGCCUUCAACUUCUGUUCAUCAAUGUAUUUCUGCUGCAAAUCCACCGAUUAUCAUUCAUUGUUCAGCUGGUAUCGGAAGGACAGGAGUGUUGAUUCUCAUGGAUACUGCAUUAGCAUUAAUGGAGGCUAGAGAGCCAGUAUAUCCAUUGGAUAUCGUACAAGCAAUGAGGGAUCAAAGAGCAUCUAUGGUUCAGAAUGUGGGUCAAUACAAAUUCGUUUGUGAAUGUAUCAUUGAAGCAUAUAAUAAAAUGCUGGAUGAUGAGGACACAAAGACGAUAUCAGCAAAUGAAAGUACAUAAAUCAGCAUUAGUUUAAUGAUGAGCAACAGAAAACGAUAAAAGUGAUUAUACGUAAAAGAAUUUAUCAUAAAUUAUAAAAUGUAAUAUUUCUCUCGUCCCCGUCUAGUUCGUCCAUUUUUGAGAAUGAUAAGAAUUUCUUUUAAAGGGAUGUGGAGGGGCUGGUUGAUGGUUGAGGUGUAAAAUUUAAAUUAUUGUAAUUAAUUCGAAACUUUUUAGAGAACAUUUCGGCAUGUUCAACAGUCAAUUCAUUAAAAUAUGCUAGACUGGACCUAAAAUUAGUCAAAAAUGCCUAAAAAAAUUAAUAAAUUCAUGAUGAACCUUCUCUCAACCAAUAACCAUCAUCAGCACUAUCUCCACACCCCAAGCAUGACACAUAAAAAGUUGUUGAAGAUGAAAUAUAUAAAAUAAUGCAAGAAAAUCAUGUUUGACUCAUGAAUUAAUAUAUAUUUAUGCGUCCUUUUGAUGCAGACCCAUCAUCAUAAUUUUUUUGAUAAAGUAAUAGUAAAUAACGAAAGUCAAUCAGAUCUUUUGCUACUAUAUACAAACAAAAUCUAUACGACGAAUAAUCGAAAAAAGAAAAUUUACGAAAAUAAACUUAGUUUAUCUCCUUUAAUUGUUUAUGAGAUGCAUAUUCAUCACAUAGUUAGAAUAGUAUAUAUUAUAUAGUCAAACUUGUUUAUUAUCUCAGAUGCUUUUGCUCUUUUUUGUCAUUUUUCUUCCUAUUUAUGUAGAUUGGGAAAUAUUUUCCUUUUGUAUAAGAAACAAAAAAGUAAAUAGCAAAGUAGAUAUUUUCUUAAUUUCAUCACAAAAACAUGUUCAUCAUGUGUUUUAUUGUCUUAAUGAUGCUGGUGGAUUGGAAGUUUUUUAAAAACUGAUAAAAGA